GAUCCCAAGACCACGGUAAACUGGGAAAAGAAGUUUGGGCAGAAAAAUAAGUCCUCACCUAUUGGUCCCCCGGUUGAACCUGUUGUCGAACCUCUACUAAGCAAGGAUCUAUUUGAUGAGUUUGAGUACGAAGAUGAAGCUUUGAACGAAGCCAAGGGUUACUAUACGGAAGAAGGUCUCUACAACGAGCUGUUCGAAAACCCAUGGAGAAACCAGCAGGAUUCCCCUGCGUUAGAAGAAAGCCUAAAGGAUGUUCCCUUGAAUCCGCACAGAAAAGAAAAAGCCCUCGGGAUGCUGCUUGUGGAAAAAGAUAUUUUUGCUCGCGAUGUAAGUGACCUCGGACAAACGGAUCUUGUAACCCACGAAAUAGACACCAGUUCCGCCUCCCCCAUUAAACAAGCACCUUACUAUGCUGCCCCCAGCAUACGUGCCUUUAAAAAAAAGGAGGUGGCGCAAUUAAAGGCAAAAGAGUUGGUUUGA